AUGAUUCCUAAGAGCUAUUCAAUUCUCAAUUUUAAGAUAAUAGAACUUGUUUUUAAAGCGAAACAAGUUUUAGAGCCAGAGCUCAGCUUUACUUUAACAGAUUCGAAAACUUCGCAAGAAAUCUAUAGAUCUCCUAUUUCCUUAGUGUCCCAGCUCAUAAAUCUUCCUCCUGUUCAAAUAGAGCCAGACAUUUUAAGGUCUCCAUCCUUAAGCUUUUACCUAAAAACCGCAAAAGGUGUAGAGCUGUUGGGGUCGGCCUCAUUCGAUCUCAGUAAAAAAUUUCCCAUGAAAAAGUCCUUUAAUAUUAAAAAGACUAUAGGUGUUAAAAUAGAAAUUAAUAAAGGAGAAGCGCAAUUGCCAGAAUUUGCCCAAGAACGUCCAGAUAUAAAUACAGCUGAUGUUGCAGUUUUAGCAGAAGAACUUAGAAAGGGAUUAACUAAAUAUGAUUUCAAAAGUCCUGAUGAUCUAGAAGAAGCAAUAGAGACCACUAGAAGAUCUAUCACAGUGAACCAAAAAAUUAAAAAGCAUCUUGUAAAAUUUGAAGAAGAGAAACUUGCUGACUUGGAAUGGCUGCUUUCCAGCCGCAAUAAGGUGCGCUCAAAUUCUUUAUUGAUUAUAAAUCCCAUAGAGAUUGCUACUCAAAAAAAGAUUGACGUUAUAGAAGGGCUGAUGGACGAUCUUAAAGUUAUGCCAUCUUGUGCUGAGAAAUUUCUUACCAGCAUUUUAUGCUAUUCCUAUUAUAAAUCAUAUAAUUUUGACCCGGAGCUAUAUAUUCACAGAAAAGUAGAAGUUAUAAAUCCUAAUAUAGAAUUCAGCAAUUUCAUUGAGUUUUUAAAGCAAAAAGGGGAAGAUGAUGUGCCGGAAGACUUUCGAAAGCAUUUUGAAAAUCAAGAAUGAGAAAAAUUGAUUAGUGAAACAGAAAAAAUCCUGAAAGAUUAUAGACCUGUUAAUGUAAAGGAGAUGAGCCGCUUAAUUAAAAAAUCAGCUAAAAAUUCUGGGGAAUUAGAAAAUAAAGACAUUAUUUUACUAAUUGGGGCUACAGGAUCAGGAAAAUCAACAACAACCCAUUUUCUAUGCGGCUCUAAUAUGGAAGUUGUUAAAGAAGAAGAUGGAAUAACCGGUAUUAAAGCUACUUUUAUACAUAAUCCCGCAUUAAAAAGUACUGUAAUUUCAUCUGGUAAUCAUUCAGAAACGAGAUAUAUCACGCAUAUUCCAAUAAAUUUAGCUGAUGCUGGUGAGACUAUUUUUUUAUGCGAUACUCCAGGAUUAAUGGAUACAAGUGGACCAGAAGUGGACAUGGCAAACACAAUAAGCAUUGUCGAGUAUGUAAAAAAAUGUCGAAGUGUGAGGCCAUUAAUUUUGCUAAGCUCAAAAAAUGAAGGAGAUAGAUUUGAAGGAGUUCAGAAACUUGCUCAGACUCUAGGAAGAAUUAUUACCGAUUUCAAUAAAUAUAGCAUAUCAUUUACCUAUGCUUUUACAAAGUAUAAAAAGUCAGAUGCUUCAAAUAUACAUGGAAAAGUAAAUCGAAUAAUAAGCAGUCAAGAAAAUAAUAAUACAGCAUUUUUUCAUAUUUUGAAAGAUAUAAGAGAUAAAACAAGAGACGGCGCCUUGACUAUUAAUCCUAUUAAAGACGAUCAUCAAGAAUUACUUAGGAAAAUAAUGGAGAGAGAUCCAAUUUUGGACCCAAAAAAUGCUUUUGAAAGAUUUAUCACAGAAGAGUCAAGAGGUAAACUAGAGCACCAAGUAGAUCUUAGCAAAGGAGAAAUCGAUAAAGCACUAAAUUCCCUUAACUAUGAAAUGAUCAGAUAUAAAUUGGAUGAGCUUCAAUACAUUGGGGCAUUAUUCAGUGAAUUUGAGCCUAAAUAA